UUUUUUUUUUCUUUUGCAUUUGUUGUAUUAUUUUAUACUGGAAAACAGCAACAGCCCAGCAGCAGUCAGUGUUUUGGAUGCGAAGAUGUUGCUCCGCGGACUUGUUUCCUUCUUCUGCCUUUCUGUAACAGGUAUUGUUGUUUUCGCGCAGCCCGACAGCUCCGGACUAUUUUACGCACUCAGAUCAGAGCUCUCGGAGGACGCAAUCUUGGUGGCCAACAACGGAAUCCGCGUGCCUUUUGGGAGGUCGGUUUUCAUCGACCCCAUCAACGAUCUGGUGAUACAGACUCAGCCGGGAGACCAGUGCAGCGUCACCGUCCUGGAUAAUGAUCCGCUCUCGCAGAGACUGGGACAUCUCUCCCCCAAAAAGUUUCCCUGUGAUUUUGGCCCCAGUGAUGUGAUUUAUUCCCACUACGGCUCGAGGAGCCCGGCUAAAGACAGAGUGAGGCUGCAGCUCAGGUAUGAUGCUCAAACAGAAACUGUAAUCAUCCCCUUUAUGAUGGAGGUGGAAGUGGUUUUUACACAGCUGGAGCUACUCACCAAAAACAUGCCUCUCACUGUUUAUAAUCUCAAAGGGAUUAGUAAUCCCAUUGAUAAGAAGAUUCUAGAGUUUACUUAUGAUAAAGAGUUUUACAAAUGUGAGGUGACAGCCUUGUGCAGCGGCAGCAGUGCACUGCCCAAAUAUGGAAAACUCAUUAACGGAGGCGAACUUUCCACAAUGAUGAACUGUGAUGAUUUUUUACAAACUGAUAUCCGCUACGAGCACACAUUUAAUGGCAAAUCUCAGAACAGAGACUAUGUUCCCAUGGUUGUAGAAAUGCACGAUAAGGAAGACAACCUGGUGAAGCAGGAGUAUUUUCAUCUCAUGGUUCGCAUCAGAGAUGGAGAGGAGAACACUCCCCCCAAACCCAGCUUUGUGUCCAUGAUGAUGAUGGAGGUGAGCCAGUUUGUCAUGACCGCCCUGACGCCUGAGAUGCUCGCCGCUGAGGACGCAGAGUCAGACCCAGAUGAGCUCAUUUUCAAUAUCAGCACCCCCUUAUCUUAUGAGGAGGGGUACAUUGUCAGUACAGAUGACAGAAACCUCCCAAUCACAUCCUUCUACCAGAGAGACUUGUGGGAUUUGAAAAUAGCCUAUGUGCCACCUUCUAUGGACUCAGAUACCGAGAGGAUUUUUCAGCUUGAGUUUGAGGUGAUAGACACGGAGGAGGCCGUUUCGGAUCCGUUUGCUUUCAUGAUUGUCGUGAAGCCCAUGAACACCCUGGCCCCGGUGGUCACGCGUAACACUGGCCAGCUGCUGUAUGAGGGCCAGUCACGUCCUCUCAUCAGCUCCCAUAACUUAGAAAUCAGCGAUGAGGAUAGCCUGGAUGCCGUCACGGUUACGGUGGUGGAAGGGCUGCGGCACGGGCAGCUCAUGGUGCUGGGAUCUCCGAGGAAAUUCUUCACACCUGCUGACCUUACCGCAGGGAUGGUGGUCUACCAACACGACGGGAGUGACACAUACAGUGACAACAUUAUUUUCAAGAUGACAGACGGGACGAAUGAGGUAGAAUUCCUCUUUCCCAUCACAAUUGUUCCCACUGAUGAUGAACCACCGAUUAUCAAUGCCAACACUGGUUUGGUCCUGUUCAAAAAUCAAAUGAUGCCCUUAUCUCCUCUCAUGCUCAGCGCUGCUGACAUUGACUCUGAAGACUCAACUAUUAAAUUUACAAUGGUUCCCCCUUUUUCCACAAUUGGCACAGUGCUUCUGCGGCAGUCAGAUGCCCCAGAAGACCCCUCCUCUUGGAAGUUUAAUGCUAAGGAUGAAAUGUAUGAGAAAGAGGUGACAGAGUGGCAUCAGAAAGAUAUCACAGAUGGGAAGUUGUUUUACAAGCACACAGGCCCACAUAACACAGACACAAUCACAGAUCAGUUUAUAUUCAGAGUACAGGAUGACAAUGACCCACCUAAUUUGUCUGGGGAUAGUGCUUUUGUAAUUCGUGUUUUACCUAUCGAUGAUGUGCCCCCUGAACUUUUCCCAGGAACAACUCUGCAGAUGAUUGUCAAGGAGUACAAACUCACUCACUUCAGCAAAGAAGUUUUGCGCUACACAGAUUUGGAUUCUGAGGAUCGUGACCUUAAAUAUACAGUUACCCAGGUCCCAAAGGAUAUAGAUGAAAAUAACCCAGUCGUGUUUGGUUCUUUGGUUCUGACAGAUCGUCCUGAUACUGACGUUUCUGAGUUCACACAAGCUCAAAUCAACCAUCAUAAGAUCUCCUAUGCACCUCCUGAUGUUGAGCUGGGAAUCACAGCUCACGUUGUGCAGUUCUGCUACACAGUUGAAGACACAGCUGGAAACAGUGCAGAGGGGGCAUUCACAAUCUACCUGCAACCAGUCAACAACAAACCUCCCCAGAUUACAAACCUGGGCUUUGCUGUGUUUGAACGUGGCAUGCACAUCAUCACCAUCGCCGAGCUCGAUGCGACAGACCUUGACACAGAGAGCGAGAAAAUAACCUUUGCUCUGAGUCGGCCUCCUAAACAUGGUCAGAUUCAGGUGACUUUCACUGACCUGGACAAAAACGGUCUCUUUAAACUUGAGGACAUUUCAGAGGGGAAGAUAUCAUAUAUUCAUGGUGGAGAUGAGACUGUGAGUGAUGAAUUUCAGCUGGAUGUCAGUGAUGGUUUUCAUAUUGUGACUGUGACGGUCAAAGUUAAUGUAAAACCUGUCGAUGAUGAAACACCAAGGAUCAGACUACCUGCUGGAACAAUUGGGUCCCAUAUGAACGUAUUGGAAAACGGAGCCACGGAAAUAACAACUAACGUGAUUCAAGGUCAUGAUGAUGACACAGAUGACCUCCAGCUGACUUUUAUUUUAGAAGAUCCUCCAGUUUGGGGGGAAAUUUUGGUGAAAGGAGUGCCUGCAACCGGGUUUACACAAGCUGACAUAAUUAAUGGAGUAGUUGUUUAUGCACACACUGGUGGUGAAAUAGGUUUGACCUCCCAGCAGGAUGGAUUUAAUCUAACGCUUACAGACAUGUCUGAUGAUUGGACAGUAGGUGGCAAUAAGGUCAAAGGGGUUCAUGUUCGAAUCACUAUUCUUCCUGUUGACAAUCAGGCCCCUGAGGUUGGAGUUGGAAUUCAGUUCAGUGUCACUGAAGGAGAGAAAUAUGCCAUUGGCCCUCAGCACUUGAACGCUGAUGAUAAUGACACUCCAACGGAUGAUAUCCUUUGCACCAUCAUUGUCCAGCCCACUGCAGGCUAUGUGGAAAAUAUAUCCCCCGCCCCAGGCUCAGAAAAGUCAAGGUCAGGAACAGCUAUAAGUGCUUUUACCCUCAGAGACAUAAGGGAAGGAAAUAUCUACUAUGUGCAAAGCAUUCACAAGGGGGUAGAACCAGUGGAGGAUAGCUUCACUUUUAGGUGCUCUGACGGUAUCAAUUUCUCAGAGAACUAUUUCUUCCCGAUCAUUAUCAUUCCAAAAAAUGAUGAAAAGCCUGAGAUUUACUUGAGGGAAAUUGUUGUGAUGGAGGGAAUGAACAUUGUCAUCGACACGCUGAUUCUGAAUGGAGCAGAUGCCGACGUUCCACCCGAGGAGCUCGUGUUUACAGUUUCCAAACCUCCCAAACACGGUGCCAUUUUAAAUCAGCUAUCCACGGGCUCUGUGUUGGUGACAAAUUUCACUUUGGAACAGAUUAGAGAGGCUUCAAGUAUUAUUUAUGAACACGAUGACUCAGAGACGACAGAGGACAGCUUUGAUAUCACUCUGACGGAUGGAAAGUACAUUGUCCAGAAAAAAGCUGUGAUUAUGAUCAUUGCUGUUGAUGAUGAAACCCCUAGAAUGGCUAUCAACGAUGGCCUGGAAGUGGAAAUUGGAGAGUCCAAAGAGAUUAACAACAAAGUGCUUAAAGCAACAGAUUUGGAUUCAGUGGAUAUUAUGCUAACAUAUAUUAUCAGGUUUGAACCUGGUCAGGGUGUCUUGCAGAGAAAAACACCAUCGGGGUAUCUGGAGAACAUCACGCUGGGCAUGAACUUCACACAAGCUGAACUCGAUGCAGGACUGAUAUUGUACACACACAAUGGACAGGAGGGCAUCCGCGACUUAGUAAAAUUUGAUGUCACUGAUGGAAUUAACCCACUCAUUGAUCGCUACUUCUACAUCACAAUAGGUGGCAUUGACAUGGUCUUUCCAAAUGUUGUUAGUAAAGGUGUGUCUCUGAGAGAAGGUGGGAGAGUGACAUUAACCACAGAUCUACUCAGUACUUCUGAUCUUAACAGCCCUGAUGAAAACUUGGUCUUUACUGUCACACAGAUCCCUAUAAGAGGCCAUUUGGAGUGCACAGAUACUCCCGGGAUGCCCAUUGUAUCUUUUACUCAACUUCAAUUGGCUGGCAGUAAGAUUUUCUACAUCCACACAUCAGAUGAUGAAAUAAAAAUGGACAGUUUCGAGUUCGAAGUCACUGACGGUUACAACCCAGUUUUCAGAACAUUUCGAAUCUCUAUAGUGGAUGUUGAUAACAAGAAACCCGUUGUGACAGUAAAUGGCCUGGUUGUCACAGAAGGCCAGCUGAAGCUGAUCACACCAUUUGAGCUCACCGCCGAGGACCAGGACACGGAUGAAAGGCUGAUCAAAUUCACAGUCACCCAACUGCCCGUUCACGGCAAACUGUUGUACAACCGGUCGGCGCCUGUCACCAGCUUCACGAAGCAAGACCUUGACGAAAAUCUCAUCAGCUACAAACACGAUGGGACCGAAUCCUCAGAGGACUCUUUCUCCUUUACUGUUACUGACGGCACACACACUGACUUCUAUGUUUUCCCAGACACUGUGUUUGAGACGAGCCGCCCUCAGACCAUGAAGAUCACUAUAGCAGCAAUUGAUAAUGGCAUCCCCCAGAUUGUAAUAAACAAAGGAGCGCCCACUUUGAAGAUUUUGCCCACAGGCCUCCUGGGCUUUCCUAUUAGUCCUAAGGUGCUGAAGGUGGAGGACAGGGACAGCAAACCAGCUUCUGUGGUGUUCCACAUCAGCACACCACCCAAACAUGGCUACAUCAUUAAUCUUGGACACGGGAACAACUCCAUCAAUACAUUUAGUCAAGCUGAUAUUGAUGACCUGAACAUCUGCUAUGUGUUGCGGCACGAAGAAAACACCACAUCUGAUGUAUUUCAUUUCUCUGUUGAGGACAACGGUGGAAACAAGCUGAAAGGACAGCAGUUCCAUCUGGACUGGGCCUGGAUCUCUUUGGAAAAGGAGUAUUAUGUGGUGGAUGAGGAGGAUAAAUACAUGGAAGUGGUGCUGAGACGAAGAGGAUACCUGGGAGAAACAUCUUUCAUUGGUAUAGGCAUUCAGGAUGGUAGUGCAAAGAAGGACGAGGACUUUAAGGGGAAGUCCCAGAGGCAGGUCCAGUUUAACCCUGGACAGACCAGAGCCACGUGGCGCAUUCAGAUCCUGUCUGAUGGGAAGUACGAGCAGGCCGAGACCUUCCAGAUUUUGCUUUCCGAGCCGGUGAUGGGAGCGAUGGAGUUCCCCGUGACGGCAACUGUUGAGAUCCUGGACCCAGGCGAUGAGUCGACUGUGUUCUUCCCUGAACAGAUCCACUCCGUCCAGGAAGAUGUUGGGGAGCUUUUCAUCCCGGUCCACCGCAGCGGAGACAUGAGUGAGGAGCUCAUGGUGGUCUGCCACACACAGCAGGGUUCUGCCACAGGGACGAUUCCCACCAUGGUUCUGUCCUACUCAGACUAUAUUUCACUCCCGGAGGGACACAGCAGUGUCCUUCGCUUUGACAAAGGUGAGAGGGAGAAGGUGUGUCGCGUGGUGAUCAUCGACGACUCCCUGUACGAGGGAGAGGAGAGCUUCAACGUGACUCUGUCCAUGCCUGUUGGCGGUCGUCUGGGAAAGCAUUACCCCACGACAAAAGUCAGCAUCUUGGAAGAUCUGGAUGAUGCUCCAGUGUUUUACUUUGCGGAGGUUGCUUAUCACGUAGAUGAGAGCGAUGGGUAUGUAGAGAUCAAAGUAUGGAGGACGGGAACUGAUCUGUCCAAGGCUGGGACUGUCACGGUCUGUUCUCGUAAGGCAGAGCGUGCCUCUGCUGAAGUUGGCGUAGACUAUGUGGGCAUCAGUCAGAACUUGGACUUCGCCCCAGGUGUCAGCAUGCAGACGGUUAAGGUUACCAUUCUGGAUGACAUGGGACAGCCAGAACUGGAGGGGAUUGAGGCAUUUGAGCUAGUCCUGCAAAUGCCGGUCAAUGGUAUCCUGGGAGAACCUGAAAAGGCCACUGUCUUCAUCAACGACUCAGUGUCUGACUUGCCAAAGGUCCAGUUCCGUGAGCCUGUUUACACCGGAGAGGAGAGUGACGGUGAGGUCACAGUAACCGUGUACCGCAGCGGCGACAUCCGUCACAAAUCCUCGGUCCGCUGUUACACCCGUCAGAGCUCUGCACAAGUCGGUGCUGACUUCGACGAGCGACCCAACACAGAUGCAUCUAUCAUCAGCUUCUUACCAGGUGAAGUGCAGAAGCCGUGUACUCUGUCACUGGUUGAUGACACGCUGUACGAGGAUGGAGAGGAGCUGCGGCUGGUCUUAGGAAACCCAAAGAGCGACUCAGGGUUUGGCGCAUCAGUGGGUUCUCUGAAUGAGGCUCUGGUGAAAAUCAAGGACACUGCAGACAAACCCAUAAUUCGUUUUUUGGGAACAAAGUUCAGCAUCAGUGAACCAAAGGAAAGUGGCGCUGUGGCGACUGUGAGGAUCCCAGUGGUCCGAGUGGGCGACACUUCAAAAGUGUCUGUGGUUCGGGUUCACACAAGAGACGGGUCAGCUGUCUCAGGGGAGGACUACUAUCCUGUGUCUCAAGAUAUUGAGUUUAAAMAGGGGGAUAAGCAACACGUUGUGGAGGUGGAGGUGCUGUUUGAUGGAGUCAGAGAAAUGAGGGAAGCGUUUWUGCUACAUCUUAAGCCUGACGAAAACAUGGUGGCUGAAAUUCAGGUGACUAAAGUCAUAGUUUACAUUGAGGAGUCCAACAGCAUGGCUGACGUCACCUUCCCAUCCCUGCCUCAUGUUGUGUCACUGCGCCAUUACGACGAUGCCACCAGGACACCAGACAACCUCCACCCACCAGCCGGCUACCCUGUCAUCUGCGUCACAGCUUGCGACACAAAAUACCCCGACUACGACAAGACGGGCUCGAUCUGUGUCAGCGAGCACAUCAACAACACCUUGACCCGCUACCGCUGGCUCAUCAGCGCCCCGGCAGGCCCCGACGGCGUCACCAGUCCCGCGAGGGAGGUAGACUUUGACACGUUCUUCACUUCCUCCAAGAUGAUCACGUUGGACUCGGUCUACUUCCAGGCGGGCUCRAGGGUCCAGUGUGCCGCUCGGGCUGUUAAUUCCAACGGGGAUGAGGGUUUAGAGCUCAGAAGCCCCAUUGUCACGAUCAGCAUAGAGGAAGGCAUGUGCCAGCCACGCAAGAGGGGAACUGUCGGCGCCGAGCCUUUUUCUGCCAAGCUUCGCUACACUGGAGCAGAUGACCCAAAACACCCUAACCUCAUCAAAGUGACCGUCACCAUGCCUCACAUAGACGGUAUGCUUCCAGUAAUCUCCACUCGCCCGCUUGUGAACUUUGACCUAACUCUCAGUCCCGACGGAACCCGAAUCGGGAACCACCGCUGCUCCAACUUGCUCGACUUCAAUGAGGUCAACACGGGUCACGGCUUCCUCACCGCUUCAACGCGCAGCCCCGAGAGCRCCGGAGACUCCGAGCCCUAUCAGUUCAGCGGCCCUCUGCGGGGAAACGRCACGCUGCGCUUCUACAGGAACCUCAACCUAGAAGCGUGCCUCUGGGAGUUUACCAGCUACUACCACAUGUCUGAGCUGCUUGCUGACUGUGGAGGAACCAUAGGGACAGACGGACAGGUGCUGAACCUGGUCCAGUCCUACGUGACCCUGCGUGUGCCUCUUUAUGUGUCGUACGUGUUCCACUCCCCCAUGGGCGCCGGCGGCUGGCAGCACUUUGAUCUUCAGUCGGAGCUCCGCCUCACUUUUGUGUACGACACAGCCAUUCUCUGGAAGGAGGGCAUUGGCAGUCCCCCUCAGGCAGAGCUACAGGGUUCGUUGUAUCCCACCAGCAUGCGCAUCAAUGAGCAGGGACGUUUGGUGGUAAACUUCCGCACCAGGGCUCAUUUCAGGGGUCUGUUUGUGGAGUCUCAUUCUUCAGAAACCUCCAUGUCAUCCAUGGUGAUAAGUGUGGAUCACCCCGGCCUUACAUUUAACCUCACCCUAGUGAGGAGUGAGCCCACCUACAACCAACCUGUCCAACAGUGGACCUUCAUUUCUGAUUUUGCAGUACGAGAUUAUUCUGGGACUUACACGAUAAAGCUGGUCCCCUGUACAACCGUUCAGAACAUAGAAUACACUGUCCCACCUAACUGCAGUCCAGGAGAACCUGUCACUUUUGACCUCAACAUUCGAUUCCAGCAAGUGAGUGACCCAGUUGCAGUGGAGUUCAGUUUGAACACUCAGAUGYUGUUGCUGUCCAAAAAGAACCAGUGGCUUUCUGAUGGAUCGAAGGGUUUUGGUCAAGAGAGUGACAUAGCCUUUUCUGAAGGAGAUACCAUAUAUGGUCGUGUUAUGGUGGAUCCGGUGCAAAACCUGGGGGAUUCUUUCUUCUGCAACAUAGAGAAGGUGUUUCUCUGCACUGGUGCUGAUGGAUACAUACCAAAAUAUAACCCGACCAAGUUUGAAUUCGGCUGCUUGGCUGACUCCCCAUCACUGCUUUACAGAUUUAAGAUUCUUGACAAGGCUCAGCCAGAGACUCAGGCUCGUGUGUUUGGUGAUGUCAGUUUCAAUGCUGUGCUUGCAGUAGAUGAUCCAUCAGCUGUGUCUCUAGUCAGACAACCAGGGUCUGAUGGAUUUAGACUGGACUCUACAGCUAUGUUCCAGGUUGCUGCAGGCCGUGAAUGGUUCAUACACACCAUUUACACAGUUCGCUCCAAAGAGAACGCUAACAGAGGCAUCGGAAAACGCAGCCUGGAGUCUCACUCCUUUGUUUCRGCAAGCGAUGGGUUUGCUUUGGGCUACCGCGGGAGGAGGUCUGCUGGUAAUGAAAGCCCAGAAAUUGCCGAAGACAUUGGAGUAGACGGCAACCGCGGUACCAACAUUAUGCAUAUUGCCUUGGACCGCACCAAACGGAGGUCUGGGGGGUCCAAUGAGCUCUUCGAUGGCCGGGGAGAACCCGGUGAGCUGAAUGCAGUCGAGGACGAGGAGGGUCUGGUGAGCGUGGUGGGGGCGCUGGUGGGGCUGCUGCUCACCGUGCUUGUCAUCAUCGCCAUCACGCUAGUGCUGAGAUCCAGACAGAAGGAUGGGAAGGAAGGAUGGAGAGAGGGGGUACAGGAGGUGGUGAAAGGAUCCAUCAGUACUGAGCCCAUGCUUGUGGUGAGGAUGCAAGACUGCCACAACAGCUCAGAGGUCUGAGCAGUGAAGGCACGGAUGGACAGAUUAAUAUGGGGAUUAUUAUGGGGGUUUUAUAUAUUUUUAUUUAUUUUUAAUUGGUAUUAAUCCCAUAAUGCCAAAAAUCUAAAUGAUCAAACGUGUUCAUAAGUGUGCCUGUUAAUGGGGGAGGCUAUAUUGAAAUCAUCCAUGAUCAAACAGCUUAUCACUCAUGUUUACUGUUUAAUUCAUCACUGCAGUAUUUCCUGUCUCUUCCUCUGGUUUUAUGAAGUUAAAGUGCCUGAAGAAACUCUAAUCCUUUAGGWCAGUCCUAGGCACCUGGGGAAUACUUUUCAUAUCCGUCCUGCCGACCAAGUUAAAAAUUUAGUGCUGCUGGUGGAACACCAGCAAAAUAAACAAAAUGAUGUUCCCACCUAAAGCAACAGUUGUACUGAAAAAAAAGAAUCACCCCAAUGUUAUGUUGCACAUACACUCUAAAGUUUUCAAGAAUAGCACAAUAAAAGUGCUGAAAUCCAAGUAAGUAUGAACAAAUAUCAUACUAUGGCAUUUAUAAUCUAAGCUAAUUUGCAACGCAUGUCUCAUUUAGGCCUUUAGCAACAUAACAAUGAAAAAACUGUUUAAAACCUAAUAUCAGCACAAAAUAAAACAUUGCACUUGUUAGGACAAUGCAUGACAUAAAAUGUAAACAAAUCACAAUAGCAUCAGUCAUGGUUAGCCACACUACACAAUUGGUCAUUUUUAGGAAACUGCUUCAGUCUUAAUAAGUCCGAAAUCAGUUUCAAAUGUUGAGAUAUCACGUGAUAAGGAAAGUUUUGAAAAUGCUUAUUGUCCAUUUUUUUAUAUUGUGUUUUAUUCAGACAACUUGUAAACUCUGUGACGGGUUUAAAGUGUUUCAUGUCUUUGUACUAUACACUGUUGUUGAUCCACUGUGGAAAUGUCUUAUUUAUUCAAAAUAGACACUUUUUUAACAUAAGUUGAGGCAUGUAUGUCAAAAGGCACUCAUYUCAGGAGUUCUCUUUUGUAUUUUUUGCUUCGUUUUGUGACAUUUCUGACUGAGGAGACGCUCUACAAAGCUGCUUUUUAUGUUUAUGUUACACUGUAAGGUUUUGAUGCCGUGACCAUACAAAUAUUUCUCACAGAUUUAUUUUCUUUCACAUUAGGUUUGUCUAAACUUUAAAGUGAUGUGCAGCAUUUAAGUGUUCUGAUUUGGGGGGUUUUUCUGACAAGUGAUGCAAAUAAAAAGCUGCUUAUAGAUCUCCAUCAGAAACACCUCAUUCAUAAUCUCCUAAAUCUGUUUGUAUCAUUGGUGAAAAAUAUGUUCAUGUUUAUUGUUAAACCUGUGUGUCACCUUGCUGUGAGCACACGACAUGCUGAGRUUAAUGUCCUUAAAUGUUUGUCUUAUUAUGGUGCUGUUAAUAAUCACUGUAUGGUUUAUUUCUGAUUUUUACCAGGGUUUGCAGGCGUGGUGAUGAACAUAGGUUACUGAGGUGUGAAUCACUGAGAAAUGUGAAGAUUUUAAAUCCAGCUGAUUUUUUMUUUUCUUUUUUUUUUGCCUUAAGUUUGGAAGUGACACCAUAACUGACAUCAUGUGCACUUUUUUUUGCAUAACAUCCUUCACACGUCAACACAAGCUAUGCAAUGUGAUGUACAUUAUAUACCACAACCAGUCACCCCUCCCCAACACACACACACACAUGUUCACAACAGUUUCAGCACAAUUGUGGUAUUCACCUCGUCUUUUUAUGAAUUGUUUUUUAAGUAUAUGUAAUUAAAAUAAAUAUUGUUUACUGGUGCCUGCUGGCAAGUUGUUGUCGUUGAACUGAGUUGUACGUUUGAGUCAAAUUCAUACAUUAAAUGAAUGCACAUAAUUUGCAAAACAUGAAUAAAAACAAUAAAGAUUACAUUUUAGGAUUAA